AUGCCUGAUUUGGCAGUACUAUGGACACAGUGGAAAGAUCAUCGUUUUAGUCAUACAUUCCAUAUAACCUUCGUAGUCAACAGCCUAACGUGUAAGCUUGAAAGUCAGACACAACUCAGUGGAGAAGAUGAAACAAAAUCAGAACAUCGCGUGAACAAACGUGACGUCACAACUGAUCUCAGGUGGCUGGUUGAGAACUUGUCAAUAUUGCGAGGACCCCCUGGUCCACAAGGCCCACCUGGAAACAAUGGAAUUCCUGGAAUCCCUGGAUUUCCAUGCAUUGGAUCUGCCGAGUCCAACAAUGACAACGAUAACGAUGAUGGACCAGGAAGUGGUGAUCGUGCAUCAACCAAUGUAAAUGGAACGACUGGAUCUGUGUAUGUGAGAUGGGGAAGAUCAACAUGUGAAGAUACUGCUGAACUAGUUUAUGAAGGUGUCAUGGGAGGAGCACAUUACACUCAUACGGGUAGUGGCUCUAACUAUCAAUGCCUGCCAUUGAAUCCCAUAUAUGAUGACUUAGGAAGUGGUACCGGAAGGUCACGUGCUUUGAUGUAUGGUGCAGAGUAUCAGAUUUUUAACUUCGACACCUUGUCAGCUGCAAACGAUCAUGAUGCAGUGUGUGCAGUGUGCAGAGUCCGUUCUCGUGGUACCGUCUUAAUGGUUCCUGCUCGUAAUGAAUGCCCGUCAACUGAGUGGACCAGAGAGUAUUAUGGCUAUUUGAUGUCCCAACAGUAUAAUUACCAAAAACAUGAUUUUGUAUGCGUAGAUAGUAAUCUCGAAGGGAGAAUUGGUGGUCAUGAAAGCCUCGAUGGAGCGUUGUUGUAUCCUGUAGAGGGCCGAUGUGGAUCACUUCCAUGUGGUCCAUAUAUAGAUGGCAAUGAAUUGACAUGUGUCGUCUGUACCAUCUAA